AACACCAGUGGGUUUGGCUCCCAUCGCAUGCCUUGCUAUCAAAGCCAUUAGGCAGAUGAAUCUCCUUUCUCCUCUAAUGUCCAAAGUCCCAAAUCUCUUUUCACUUCUUGACCUAACUUGUUAAUCCCCAUGACCAAAUCAAAACCAACUCGAACCCACAUGCCCCUUUGACCCUCCUCCCUUUGCCCUUUGCUUUCUUGUCCAAAAAAUACACAAAAGAAACUUUUCUAAAAAACAAGCCAGAACCUCAUCAUUCGUUCUCCUUUUCCUGUCCUUCUCAGGAUAUUCCUGUCCUGACUAAUUCCCUAACCCCCUCUUUGAUUUCUCUCUUUCUUGACUAAUCUUCGAAACCCUAAAAAAGAGAAACUGCUUUAGUUCCUUGCAUGAUCAUGUCUUCACUAUUUUCUUGUAAAGAUCAAGACUUUUCCAGAACCCUUGACUCUCUUCACAAAAAGCUAACAUUUUAGGGUUCAUUUUCGGAUUCCAAACAUAACCCAUUUUUCUACAUACAAUGUCUGAUGAUAUGCUAAUGCAUUUCUCUUCAAACUCUUCAAACCAAUCGGACCAGUCUUUGCCUACUAAAAUCGCUAAACUUGAAGCUCGUAUGGCUGGCAAAGUAUCUUCUGUCUGUCCUGCCCCCCAUGUUCAGCUCCAGCAGCAACAACAGAAACAGCCCAUUUGGUCUUCUGUUUCUCCGGGUCCGAGAUUUGGGCCUCCUGAGGAAUUGGCAGAGUCUAGUGAUUCUGACGAUGAUAAUGGAGGGGGAUUUCUUAUACAAGCAAACACUCAGAAGCGCCGGAGAUUACAAGAAAAUGAUAAUUCAGCUGUCUUUGAACAUCUUGAGACACAGACAGUGAAUGAUGGAAAGCAAAAGAUUGGGAAAACUGUAGAGACCAAGGUCAGUACUGAUGCAAAUAGGAGAAAACAAGGUCGUGGAAGGGGGCAUUCUAAUUCUAGUAGAGGUCGUGGUGUGAGAGCUAAUGAUCAGACGAGAUCACAGAGUUCUGUUUCAGCAGCCUUGCCUUCAAAUGGUCAGCUUGAGAAUUCAUGUCACAAGGAUAGCACGGCCAAAGAGCACUUCCAAAAUGGUGAUUGCACAUCUUUAGAGGAGGAGCUCACAUCUUUACAUGCUAAAGUGGCUGCACUAGAGGAUGAUCUACGUAAAUCUUGUCAAGAGGCCUCCAAUAAUCAUGAUCUCUGCCACCAGUUAGAAAAGGAAUUGAAGGAACUUAAAGAUCUUGAACAACAAAUGAAGCCAAAGAGGACCAAAAUCAUAUCGGAUCUAUUGAUAUCUGUUUCCAAAGCAGAGAGACAAGAAGCAAGGAUGAAAGUUCGCCAAGAUUCUUUAAGACUUGGCAGCGUGGGUGUUAUCAGAGCUGGAACUAUCAUAUCCGAGACGUGGGAGGAUGGGCAAAUGCUGAAAGAUCUAAAUAUCCAUCUUAGACAGUUAUUAGAAACCAAGGAGGCUGUUGAGCGGCAGCGGAAAUCAUUGAAGAAGCGACAAUCUGACAAAGGUGAUGGUACAGAUGCAGAAUCAGGAGCACAAGAAGAAGAUUUUCUCAUCCAGGAUGAGAUUUUUAAAUCUCGUCUAGUGAGCAUCAAGCGUGAGGAAGAGACAAUUUUGCGUGAGAGAGACCGCUAUGAACUGGAAAAGGGACGGCUUAUACGUGAAUUGAAAAGGAUACGAGAUGAGAAUGGUUCACGUUUUAAUAAUUUUCAGAUUUUAAAUCACCGAUACGCCCUUUUAAACCUUCUUGGGAAAGGAGGAUUUAGUGAGGUUUACAAGGCUUAUGAUUUGGUGGAGCAUAGAUAUGUUGCAUGUAAGCUACAUGGUCUGAAUGUUCAAUGGAGUGAGGAUAAGAAGCAAAGUUACAUACGGCAUGCACUGCGAGAGUACAAUAUUCACAAGACCUUGGUGCAUAAUCACAUUGUUCGGCUUUGGGACAUUUUUGAAAUUGACCAGAAUACAUUCUGCACAAUCUUAGAGUACUGUAGUGGUAAAGAUCUUGAUGCUGUUCUUAAAGCUACACCUGUAUUACCUGAAAGAGAAGCUAGGAUCAUUAUUGUCCAGAUAUUUCAAGGCCUUGUAUACUUGAAUAAGAGAGCACAGAAGAUUAUCCAUUAUGAUCUGAAGCCUGGGAAUGUUCUUUUUGAUGAAUUUGGUAUCGCAAAAGUUACUGAUUUUGGUCUUAGCAAGAUAGUGGAGGAAGAUGUUGGAUCCCAGGGAAUGGAACUUACAUCUCAGGGAGCUGGAACUUAUUGGUAUUUGCCACCAGAAUGCUUUGAGCUCAGCAAGACCCCUUUAAUAUCAUCAAAGGUUGAUGUCUGGUCAGCUGGAGUUCUGUUUUACCAAAUGCUCUUUGGUAGACGCCCUUUUGGGCAUGACCAAACUCAAGAACGAAUACUACGCGAAGAUACAAUUAUCAAAGCUCGCAGGGUUGAAUUCCCUACAAAGCCUACUAUCUCAAAUGAGGCGAAGGAUUUGAUUCGUCAAUGUUUGACCUAUAACCAAGCAGAGAGACCAGAUGUUUUGACCAUUGCUCAAGAUCCAUAUCUUACAUACUUGAAGAAGUAAGAGUGUACAAAGUCAAGGAUUAAAGAUUUAGAGAGAGCAGGGCUGGCGGUGGAGAGUUUUCUUUGGCCAAGCAGGAAAGAAGGUUAUUGCAGUACCAACUUGGAGUUUUGUAUAGGUUGUAAAGGUUUGUAAUUUUCCCAUUCUUUCUCAAUGUAAUUCAAUUGAAAUGUAUCCAGAUAUUUUUUUUCAUGGUUUUUUUUUU